UCUCUCUCUCUCCUCUCUCUCACAUCACAUCAUAUACCACCGGAUCAUUUUCUCUCACCUCUCACUGCUCACUCUCUUUCUCUUCUCUUCUGGCAUUUUAUCUCUCCCAUAUGCUUUCUGCGCCCUAAGCUCCUCGCUCUGUUCUCAUUCUUCUUGUCUGCACUUCCGGCAGGGAGCGCGGGACUGAGAAAGCGGAGGAAAGCCAGAGACAAGUAGCGCGGAGGACGGGACCGCCCGGGGGUGUUGUAAGAAAGGAGAUCUUUCCGGGUUGUCGCCGUCUGGUAACCUCCGCAAUCGAUCGCAGAGAUAUAAGAAUAUAGUUGAUCUUUUAGGAUCUGCAAUGGAGCCAUUAGCACUUAGUUCAAUAAGCAACGGGCACGUAGCAGCUAGUAACGGGGCUGCGGUGACCGGAAACGGAUCUCAGAUGGUAAGCACGCCGUGCGCGGGAUGCAAGUUUCUCCGCCGGAAAUGCCAACCCGAUUGCGUCUUCGCGCCCUACUUUCCACCCGACGAGCCACAGAAAUUUGUUAACGUUCACCGCGUCUUCGGGGCAAGUAACGUGACAAAGAUCCUCAACGAGCUUCACCCAUUGCAGCGCGAGGAUGCGGUGAACUCACUCGCUUAUGAGGCGGAGAUGAGGCUUCGCGAUCCGGUUUACGGAUGCGUUGGUAUUAUUUCUGUGCUGCAGCAUCAGCUGAGGCAGCUGCAAAUGGAUUUAUCGAGGGCGAGAUCGGAGCUAUGUAAGUAUCAGGCAGCGGCGGCCGGGAUGGAGCAGCUGUGGGGGCCUAUGGGGCAGAAUCAGCAGCAGCAGCACCAGCAACAACAAAGGGUGGUGAUGAUGAGAGGGUAUGGAGGGGGGCCUGAGGUGGGGGGUUAUGAUGUGGGGUUAAUGACGGCAGCGGCAUUCGGCGGGCAGUUUGGACGGUUUUCGGGGGCGGCCGGAGGUGACGAUCGACAGAGCACUCUUGGCUCAUCCUAGAGGAGUUGCAGGUUCGAGAGCCAAGUGAUGAAGGAUUUCUCGAAUAAUGAGAUCAAACAGUAGAUAGAGGCUUGGAUUUUUCCUUCCAUGGAAUCCAUUUACCAGAAAUAGAAUUUAGUCUUCGUUUGCCAGCUCGAUCUUGCUACAUGUCAAAACUUGGUGUCUGUAUUGAUUGUAAUCUCCUCUUUCUCCUUCCAAACUCAGAUCGAUGACUGUAUCUUUGUCUCCAUUUUUAAUAGUUCUCCAUUAAAUGUUACCGCAAUUUAGCUACUUUAAUUUCUUCUUUGUAAAUCGAUGUAGUAUGUUUGAUCUGCCA